UAGAUGGGGGAAUGGAAGGGGAAGAAGGGGGGCCGGCCGGGUAGUUUUUCUGGGACUCUGUCGGCGGCGACUGUGGGGGGUCCGGGGCGCUGUAACCUGAAACCACCAGCCCCCAUCGGUAACGGAGGCGGCCGAGCAAAAAGGAAGCAGCUGCUGGAGCGGACGAUGAUCAGCAUGUCCUGGCUGCUCCCCCACAGCACGCUCUGACGAUAAGCAUGAACUCCUCCCUCAGUCAUGAAACGGGCUUGAGGAACCUUACGCUGCUGGAAGACGGGGCAGGCCGAGUGACGGAGUCCAUUGCAAUUAUUGUCAUUGCUAUUUUCAUCUGUUUUGGAAACCUGGUGAUUGUCCUCACCCUUUACAAGAAGUCGUACCUCCUCACAUUGAGCAACAAGUUUGUUUUCAGCUUGACUCUGUCCAACUUCCUUCUUUCUGUGUUGGUGCUUCCUUUCGUUGUGACCAGUUCCAUUAGGCGGGAAUGGAUCUUCGGAGUCGUUUGGUGCAACUUCUCCGCCCUGCUCUAUAUGCUCAUCAGCUCUGCCAGCAUGCUCACCCUUGGACUCAUUGCUAUAGACCGGUACUAUGCUGUCCUAUACCCAAUGGUUUAUCCCAUGAAGAUUACAGGCAACAGAGCAGUUGUUGCCAUUGUGUACGUGUGGCUCCAUUCGCUUAUUGGAUGUCUUCCUCCCCUCUUUGGCUGGUCUUCCUUAGAGUUUGAUCAGUUUAAGUGGAUGUGUGUAGCUGCAUGGCAUAAGGAGGCCGGUUACACUGCUUUCUGGCAGAUUUGGUGUGCCUUGCUGCCCUUCUUAGUCAUGAUGAUUUGCUAUGGAUUCAUAUUCCGCGUGGCUAGGAUUAAAGCGCGGAAGAUUCACUGUGGGAGUGUGGUCAUUGCAGAGGAAGAUACUCAAAGGAAUGGGAGAAAGAACUCUAGUACUUCUACUUCCUCUUCCGGUAGUCGAAGAAAUGCUUUCCAAGGGGUUGUUUAUUCUGCCAACCAGUGCAAAGCUUUGAUAACUAUCUUAGUUGUGAUUGGUGCUUUUGUCAUCACAUGGGGACCUUACAUGGUGGUGAUUACAUCCGAGGCACUUUGGGGGAAAAACAGCAUUUCCCCUGCUUUGGAGACACUAGCAACAUGGCUAUCUUUUACUAGCGCUAUUUGCCACCCUUUGAUUUAUGGACUCUGGAAUAAAACGGUACGCAAGGAAUUGCUGGGAAUGUGCUUCGGAGACAGGUACUACAGAGAGUCGUUUGUUCAACGUCAGAGGACAUCCAGAUUAUUUAGUAUUUCUAAUAGGAUCACAGACUUGGGACUAUCUCCACACCUCACUGCUCUCAUGGCAGGCGACCGGCCUUUAGGAAACAGUAGCAGCACAGGAGAUACAGGUUUCAGCUGCUCUCAGGAUUCAGGAACAGAUGUCAUGCUGCUCGAAGACUAUAGUUCUGAUGGGGUUCAUCACCCACACUCCAUUUAUCCUCAUCGAAGGAGGAGUUCUGUGACGUUUGAAGAUGAAGUGGAACAAACUAAAGAAGCUGCAAAGAAUUCUGUUCUUCAGGUCAAAGCUGAAGUUCAUAAAUCUCUAGAGAGUUAUGCAUCCAGUUUGGCCAAAGCUAUUGAAGCCGAUGUGAAGAUGACCUUGUUUGGAGGAGAUGCCUUACCUGGCUCUCUGUUUCCAAUACGGACAGUGGCGGGCAGCAAUGCAUGUGCACGGCGUGGUGGAAGGAGCCAUGUGGGCCAAAGACUACAGCUACAGAGUAUCGAGGAAGGGAACACUUAAAAUUGGUCCAAGCAAAAAGACAAAACCACUAAGGUUGAACUGUUGUUUUUAAAAAUGAAAACAAAAGACUCUGAAAAGCAGCCUCCACUGCUUUAGGAAAGGACUUCUGAAAAUACCAGAAGAUAUAUCUUCAGUAUUAGAAUUUGCAUGCAUAUGUAAAAUAUAACCGCACCCCUGCAGGGUAGGGUUAAGGCCACUACAGGCCAAUAAAUGGCUGCUCAGCAAGGAAAGCAAACUGAUUCCAGAAACUGGGAAAACUAGGAGCAGAAUUGGAGGGGGGUGCUGACAACUUGAAUGAUGACUACACAGUGUUUUCCUAUAUGGAGUGGCACAGAAUGCCAUGCAGGGUCCCCUUCCUGCCUGUUUCCUCUUUGCUCUAGGCACUGACAUAAAUUAAGAUACUGUAGCUCCUUUCUCCCCCCACCCACUUUGAUAGCUGUUACAAGUGCUUCUAGCGAAAGAUACAAUGAAACACAACAGUUGCCUUAAUAGACCAGAUGUGGUCUAAUAAAUCUUGUGUACAGCAGUGGGUUCAGUCCAAUAAAUCUAGUGUAAAGUAAUGGGCGAUGGCUGGUAUAUCAUACUGGAAAGGAAAUUGCUCAUCUCCCACCCACCCCACCCCUGCCCCCUUUGAUCAGCCUAGAUAGGAUCAAGGAUUAGGCUUGUGCCCGAAACGUUUCGGAGGCCAUUAUGAAGGCCUCUGAAACGUUUCAGCUCCGGGGGCCGUUUUGGCGCUUUGGCAACG